GGGCCUCCGCCAGGCUUAGGCCGUGUAAUUGGUGAGCUGGGAGAGGAUGGCUGGAUCAGGGUCCAGUGGGACACGGGCAGCACUAACUCAUACAGGAUGGGUAAAGAAGGAAAGUAUGACCUCAAGCUGGUGGAGUUGCCAGUGUCAUCACAGCCCUCUGCAGAGGAUUCAGACACAGAAGAUGACUCAGAAAGCUGAACCAGGAGACAGGAGCAUCCACCCCACAGCGAUGAUGCUGACCAGCAUUAUUAACUUACUGCAGACUCUGUGUCUGUCCGUUGGUGUCCACACUGAUGUCAUGCAGAGCGAGGCCACCAAGACUUUGUGUGGACUGCUGAGAAUGUUAGUGGAAAGUGGAACAACAGAUAAGCUAUCUCCUCCAGACAGACUGGUGUGCAGGGAGCAGCACCGGAGCUGGUGUACACUGGGCUUCGUCCGGAGCAUCGCACUCACCCCGCAGGCCUGCGGGGCCCUCAGCUCCCCAAGGUGGAUCACGCUGCUCAUGAAGAUUGUGGAGGGGCAUGCGCCCUUCACUGCCGCCUCCCUGCAGAGGCAGAUCUUAGCUGUCCAUUUACUACAAGCAGUUCUUCCGUCAUGGGACAAGACGGAAAGGGCACGGGACAUGAAGUGUCUGGUGGAAAAGCUGUUUGGCUUCCUGGGCAGCUUGCUCACUACUUGUUCUUCUGAUGUCCCAUUCCUUAGAGAAUCCACAUUGAGGAAGCGGAGGGCGCGGCCGCAGGCUUCCUUGACUGCCACUCACAGCAGCACUCUGGCUGAGGAGGUGGUGGGGCUGCUCCGCACUCUGCACUCGCUCACCCAGUGGAACGGCCUCAUCAACAAAUACAUUAACUCCCAGCUCUGCUCCGUCACACACAGCUGCUCUGGGAAGACUCCAGAAAGGGCCCUGCUGGAGGACUACUUCCCAGACUCUGAGAACCUGGAAGUGGGGGGCCUCAGGGCAGUGCUGGCUGUGAUUGGAGGGAUCGAUGGCCGACUGCGCCUGGGAAGCCAGGUCAUGCAUGAUGAGUUUGGAGAGGGCACAGUGACUCGCAUCACCCCGAAGGGCAGAAUCACUGUGCAGUUCUGUGACAUGCGCAUGUGCCGAGUUUGCCCGUUGAAUCAGCUCAAACCGGGUUUCUUCAUCAGCAACUCUUUGAAGGAUUUUGUGCCCUUUCUUCAGCUCCCUGCUGUGGCCUUUAGCCUAAACAACCUGCCUUUCACGGAGCCUAUGCUUUCUGUCUGGGCUGAGUUGGUGAACCUUGCUGGAAGCAAAUUGGAAAAGCACAAAACAAAGAAAUCAGCAAAACAGGCCUUUGCAGGACAAGUAGACUUGGACCUGCUGCGCAGCCAGCAGCCGAAGCUGUACAUCCUGAAAGCAGGGCGGGCGCUGCUUUCCCACCAAGACAAACUAAGACAGUAUCUACUGUCUCAGCCCGGGACUCUACAUGCAGAUGAUGGAGCAGCUGCAUCCCCUGACCUCGGGGACAUGUCACCUGAAGGGCCACAGCCUCCGAUGAUCCUCCUGCAGCAGUUAUUGUCCUCAGCCACCCAGCCAUCUCCUGUGAAAGCCAUAUUUGAUAAACAGGAACUUGAGGCUGCUGCCUUGGCCCUCUGUCCGUGCUUGGCUGUGGAACCCACACCCCCUUCCAGUGCAGGCUGUGAAGACUGCAUCUCCAGUGAGGCCAGCACCCCAGUCUCUGCACAGCACAUCCAUCUUGCCAGGGCGAAAAAGCGCAGGCCGUCGCCAGCGCCUGCUCUGCCUAUUGUGGUGCAGCUCAUGGAAAUGGGAUUUCCUAGGAAGAAUAUAGAGUUUGCUCUGAAGUCGCUCUCCGGCACAUCUGGGAAUGCAUCUGGUUUGCCUGGUGUGGAAGCCUUGGUUGGGUGGCUACUAGACCACUCUGAUGUCCAGGUUACAGAGUUCUCGGAUGCGGACACAGUAUCUGACGAGUAUUCAGACGAGGAGGUGGUGGAAGAUGUGGACGAUACCCCAUACCCUGUGGCUGCUGGUGCUGUUGUGACUGAGAGCCAGACUUACAAGAAGCGUGCUGACUUCCUGAGUAACGAUGACUACGCUGUGUAUGUGAGAGAGAACGUUCAGGUGGGAAUGAUGGUUCGAUGCUGUCGAGCAUAUGAAGAAGUGUGUGAAGGUGAUGUGGGCAAAGUCAUCAAGCUGGACAGAGAUGGAUUGCAUGACCUCAAUGUGCAGUGUGAUUGGCAGCAGAAAGGGGGUACUUAGUGGGUUAGCUAUAUUCACGUUGAACUCAUAGGUUAUCCCCCACCGAGUUCUUCUUCUCACAUCAAGAUUGGUGAUAAAGUACGGGUCAAAGCUUCCGUAACCACACCAAAAUACAAGUGGGGAUCCGUUACUCAUCAAAGUGUGGGGCUCGUGAAAGGGCAGUCUGCAGUCUUCUGUGGCCGUUCCGGAAAGCAGCUGAAGCUCUGUCACAGCAGUCAGCCUGGAAUGCUGCUAGACAGCUGGUCGCGGAUGGUGAAGAGUCUGAAUGUGUCGUCCUCUGUGAACCAGGCCUCUCGUCUCAUUGAUGGCAGUGAGCCCUGUUGGCAAUCAUCUGGAUCCCAAGGGAAGCAUUGGAUUCGUUUGGAGAUUUUCCCAGAUGUUCUUGUUCAUAGAUUAAAAAUGAUAGUAGAUCCUGCAGACAGUAGCUACAUGCCAUCCCUGGUCGUGGUGUCAGAUUGCUUGUUUGAUUUCUUUACCUUUCUUUCCCCCCAGGUGGAAGUUCCUUAUAACCUAAUUGAACUAAAGACUAUUAAUAUCAACCAAACUGACACCACCGUGCCCCUGCUGAAUGACUGUGCCGAGUAUCACAGGUACAUUGAGAUCGCAAUAAAGCAGUGCAGGGGCUCAGGGAUCGAUUGCAAAAUUCACGGUCUCAUCCUGCUGGGACGCAUCCGGGCUGAGGAGGAGGAUUUGGCAGCGGUUCCUUUUCUGGCUUCAGAUAACGGGGAGGAGGAGGAUGACAAAGGCAGCACUGGGAGUCUCAUUAGAAAGAAGACUGCUGGGUUGGAGUCAACAGCUACAAUAAGAACCAAAGUGUUUGUGUGGGGCCUGAAUGACAAGGACCAGCUGGGUGGGCUCAAAGGCUCUAAGAUCAAGGUUCCUUCAUUCUCUGAGACUCUGUCUGCUCUGAAUGUGGUUCAGGUGGCUGGUGGAUCUAAGAGUUUGUUUGCAGUGACUGUGGAAGGGAAGGUGUACUCCUGUGGAGAAGCCACAAACGGCCGGCUGGGGCUGGCUAUGUCCAGCGGGACGGUCCCUAUUCCUCGGCAGAUCACAGCCCUCAGCAGCUACGUGGUCAAAAAGGUAGCGGUCCACUCAGGUGGCCGGCAUGCUACAGCCUUAACAGUGGAUGGGAAAGUGUUCUCGCGGGGUGAAGGUGAUGAUGGGAAACUUGGACACUUCAGUAGAAUGAACUGUGACAAGCCAAGGCGGAUUGAGGCCCCGAAAACCAAGCGCAUCAGGGACAUAGCCUGGGGCAGUUCUCACAGUGCAGCCCUGACGUCCAGCCGGGAGCUGUACACCUGGGGCCUGGGCGAGUAUGUCCGCUUGGGACACGGUGAUAAUACCACACAGCUGAAGCCCAAAAUGGUGAAAGUCCUUCUUGGUCACAGAGUAAUCCAGGUUGCGUGUGGAAGCCGAGAUGCACAGACACUGGCUCUCACUGAUGAAGGUUUGGUGUUUUCCUGGGGUGAUGGUGAUUUUGGAAAAUUGGGCCGAGGGGGAAGUGAAGGCUGUAACAUUCCCCAGAACAUCGAGAGACUAAAUGGCCAGGGUGUGUGCCAGAUUGAGUGCGGAGCUCAGUUUUCCUUGGCACUCACCAAGUCAGGAGUGGUGUGGACAUGGGGGAAAGGGGACUACUCCAGACUGGGCCACGGCUCAGAUGUGCACGUGCGGAAGCCGCAAGUGGUGGAGGGACUGAGAGGGAAGAAGAUCGUGCAUGUGGCGGUCGGAGCCCUGCACUGCCUGGCGGUCACAGACUCGGGACAGGUGUAUGCUUGGGGGGACAAUGACCAUGGCCAACAGGGCAAUGGCACGACCACAGUUAACAGAAAGCCCACCCUGGUGCAGGGCCUGGAGGGCCAGAAGAUCACUCGAGUGGCUUGUGGGUCCUCACAUAGUGUAGCCUGGACGACAGUGGACGUAGCCACGCCCUCUGUCCACGAACCUGUCCUCUUCCAGACGGAAGAGACCCGCCAGGUGCUUCCUACUUAGGUGUGUCUUCAGAUGCUGAUUCUUCUUCUGCCAGCAAUAAGAUAAAUGGUGCAAAUAACUGUAAGCCCAAUCGCCCUUCUCUUGCCAAGAUCCUCCUGUCGCUGGAAGGAAACCUGGCUAAGCAGCAGGCCUUAUCACACAUUCUUACCGCACUGCAGAUCAUGUAUGCCAGAGAUGCGGUGGUUGGAGCCCUGAUGCCAGCCGGCAUGCUCGCCCCAGUGGAAUGCCCCUCCUUCUCCUCCUCAGCACCUGCUUCUGAUGCAUCGGCAAUGGCCAGCCCCAUGAACAUAGAGGAAGGCAUGCUGGCUGCUGAUCUUGAGGACAGACUGAGUCCAAAUCUAUGGCAAGAAAAGAGAGAGAUUGUCUCUUCUGAGAUUGCUGUGACCCCUCUGCGGUGACACCAUCUGCUCCCUCGGCCUCAUCUCGGCCAUUUAUCCCAGUGACAGAUGACCCAGGAGCUGCCAGCAUCAUUGCAGAAACCAUGACCAAAACCAAAGAGGAUGUUGAAAGCCAAAGUAAAACAUCAGGUCCAGAGCCCCAGUCUUUGGAUGAGUUCACCAGUCUGCUGAUCGCUGAUGACACCCGGGUGGCCGUGGACCUGCUCAAGCUGUCAGUCUGCAGCAGGGCUGGAGACAGCGGCAGGGACGUGCUCUCGGCUGUGCUGUCGGGCAUGGACACCGCCUACCCACAGGUGGCAGACAUGUUGUUGGAGCUCUGUGUAACUGAGUUAGAAGAUGUGGCUACAGAUUCACAGAGUGGCCGUCUUUCCUCCCAGCCUGUAGUGGUAGAGAGUAGCCAUCCCUAUACAGAUGACACUUCCACCAAUGGCACGGUGAAGAUACCAGGUUUGCAUUUUUUAAAGUUCUUCCUGGAGAUUAUGAAAUCCUUGCAACCCAUCCGACCUGGGCUCUGAAGGAGACUGUCACAUUGUAUCCCAGGGUGUCCUCAAAUUCACAGUCUUCUUCCUACUCCUGUGUUGGGCUGUCAGGGUUUAGCACUGUUGAACUAAGAACUCCUCCUUCUUCUAGGCAAGUACCACGGUGAGGGUGACGAACUCCAAUGCUCAUGCAGCCGGCCCCCUUUUAGUGGCUGGCUAUAAUGUGUCUGGCUCUGUCCGCAGUGA